GUUUACAACCGCAUUUUCGCAUUCAAGUAUGGCGGAGAAUUUGAACACUCCGUCACAUUUUCUUUCAGUUAAACCACCAGUACCAACAAUAAUGACUGGACAGAAAGAAAAGAUAGAUUUAUUACCUCCAUCAGCAUUCCAAGAUAUAGGGAAAGAUGAUGCUUGGAAAGAGCUAGCUAGGGCAACAACAGAUGUCAUGAACUUAAAACUGGAAAACCAAAAAUUGAGGGAAGAACAAAAUAAGCCAAUAUUUGUGCCCACACAAGUUGCCAAAAGUCCACGAGAAGAAUGCAGGUACAAUGCUAAAGAAGACAGAAAAUAUAUUGAUGAACUAAUAACAAAGCAGGCUUCAGAAAUAGCUGAGUUAAGAAAUGAAAUAAGACAGCUGAAAUGUGUUCAUAAGGAGGAGAUAACUGAGAUAGAAAGACAAACAACAGCCAGUGAGAGGAAGAAUAUACAGACAAUAGCUAUCUUAGAGGCAGACUUAAAGUCCAGGGAGGAUAGAUAUGAUUCUCAGGUUGAUAGACUGAGUUCAGAACACCAAAGAGAGGUAGAGACUUUGUAUAAUCAGAUUCAAACAUUAGAGGAUCAGUUAUCAUCUGUAUCUACAAGAUCUAAAGAUAGAAUCAGACAGCUAGAGUCAGAUCUGGAGAGAGAAAGAGAAGAGGCCUUAGAAAACACUUCCAGAUUACAGUUAGAAAUUAAAACUUUAACAAAUAACAUAGAAAACCAAAAUAAACAGAUUAUGCAGUUAAAAAAUUAUAUUGGUGAUACAGAAAAAGGCCCAAAACCUGCUGAAGUGUGGAGAAAGGAGAAAGAAACAUUAGAAAACAAACUGGAGAUAUUAGCAGUGGAUAAAGAAAAUAUUCAGUCAAAUUUACAGCUGUUAAAUAUCAGAUUUUCCUCUCUGAAUGAAAUUCUGAGGACACAGGAAACUGAAGUAUCAAGGGUAGGAAUAGUUUCACAAGACAAAUCAGACAAAAACAAACAGGAGAAUUUAUUAUUGACAAGGUGGAGGGAAAAAGUAUUUGCAUUAAUGGUUCAACAAAAAUCUGCUGCUAUUAUAAAACAUAAGGAUGAACAAAACUGGAAAGGAAAGGUUGGUGAUUUAGAGAACAGAUUAGUAUCAGCUAACAACCAAAUGAAUGUUUUAUCUCAUGCUAUGUCUGAUAAACAGGCUCAACUAGACAUGGAGGUUAACAAUAAUAAGAAAUUACAACAUGAGGUGAUACAAGCCCAGCAGAUGGCGUUACUAUUGGAUGACAGGUUGACAGAGAACAGGCAAUCAGCAGAACAAUUACAACACUUCUGUAAAAGUGUAUGUGGAAAACUAGAAGAAUCCUAUAGUGUACUCAAUACAGUAUUCAGCACCAUGAAAACAUAUGGCCAGAGAAUCAGUUUUGCCAGUGGUCGUGUUGAAAUGUUGCAAGGUUUGUUUGCCAGAAAAAAAGCCAUGUCCCAGUUACAUAGGGAGGAUAAAACAGAGCCACUGUUACAGUUAACAGAUGUACAGGAUGAUUCAUCAAUUUUAAGAAGAGAGUUAGAAAGAGUCACAGAGGAGAGAGAUAGAGUUGUGGCACAACUAAAACAAGAUUCUGAGACAUGGACAGAAAGGCAUACAGCUGCAACUGUUCAAAAGGAUGAAGAGAUAAAGAAUUUAAGAGAAACGAUAGAAGAAUUAGAAAUGGAUCUCCAAGGAAAAUCACAGCAAUGUAACAAGUUCACAGAUGAAGUUGAUAGAUUAAACAUUGAGUUAGAGGAUGCCAAUGAACAGAUAGAUAACCUGAAGAUAGAACUGGGCAAAUGUCAAGUCACAUCAGACCAAGUGAUAGAAGAGCAGAAAACUAUUAUAGAACAAGAAUUUGCAGAACAACUGGCAGAUUUAGACAGACAACUAAAUGAUGCCAAGAGAGAACACACAAAAGCUGUUGUAUCAUUGAGGCAGCUGGAGAGACAGACAGGCAGAGAGAAAGAAAGGGCCACUGAACAUUUAAACACAGUAGAACAACAUUAUACUAGACAAAUAGAAGGACUACAACAGAGACUACAAACAGUGGAGUCGGAGAGAAAUCUUAUGAUGGCCACAUUAAGACAAGAAGGAUUAAUAGGGAGAGUGAAGAAUGCAAGAGGGGAACCAGUCCAGUUUGAUGAAUCGUCAGAAUCUCAGGAACCAGAAAUAUCACUUCCCAGGAAACCAGAGUUAUCUCCACCUGUUAAAGAUGAACCCAUUACUUCAGUAUUAGAAGAUCUAAAGUCUCUGACAUCUGCUGUGAUGAAGGAUGAUUUAUCUAGUUCUGAUGAUGAGGACUGAGAAUUCUUAAACCAUGAUAGUACUAGUCUUAUAACUAUACAG